UCACAGGAAAUAUGCAGAUCACCGCAUGCAAUGCAAUUUAUAUAGCUCAUGAUCAAGGACAAAGUUUCAUUGUGAAUUUUCACACUUAAUACUUUCUCUCUAGAGAAUCAUAUCAGCGAUCAAUUUCAUCCGCAUCAAUGGCUAGUGUUACAGACGGAAGACGGGUUGGAGUCAGAAUAAGCUCACGCCCCCCUCUUGUGGAACAGAUAGUUCCUAAUUCUGGAUGGACACAGGAUUCCACCGGCCAUUAUCUUCUGGUCGAUCUUCCUGGAUUCAAGAAGGAAGAGGUGAAGCUUCAGGUGGAGGGCUCUGGCUAUAUCACAGUAAGAGGAGAAAGGCAAGUGAACGAAGUGAAACGUGUUCGGUUUGAGCUGGUUUUUCCAGUGCCAAAUGAUUCAGAUACUGAUAAGAUAGCUGGGAAAUUUGAUAGUGAGAUCCUUUAUGUGACUAUCACCAAGAGAGCUGCACAAAGGAACACAGAAACUGAACCAGCUAAGCCUGCAAAUGGCAGUGUUAGGAGACAAGAAGAAAAUCAUAAACGCGAGCAACCCAGUUCUGAUAAUCAACGAAGAGAUCACAACAGAGAACAGGACCGCCAUAUGAAGGGGGAAAGAAGAAAUGAAAUCAAUCUCGUGGGGGGUUUUCCCGAAGAUCUGGUAAGGAAAUGGGGAAAAGAACCUACUCUAUUAGAAAAUGCAGUGAAAGUCUUAAGACAGAACAAGGGAAUUGUUAUCACUGCAGUUGUAGCCUUUUCCUUGGGAUUGUUAGUUUCUCGCAAGUUUCAAUCCUCAACCGCAGAAUAAAUGGAUUUACUCGACCUGCAUUCAUGAAUGUAUAUUCUUCCCUUAUGUGACGUCCCUCCUAUCUAUUUAUAGUUGUGUGUUUGAACCAAUAAGAAAUUUAAAUAUGUCACACCUCGUGGUUAUGCUUCUCCCAUGAUAUUAU